UCCUCAGUUUACCCAAUCUGCAUUCUGCAACAGUUGUUCCUCUUUUGUUUCUGAUUAGCUCAUCUGAUUACUCUGCCAGUUCCACCUCUACCUCGGUAUAUAAGUUCAUUCGUUGUCAUUAUUCUCCACUGGACUCUUCUGCUUUCUGCCUGCCUCCUUUGACUUGACCUGCGUUAAUUUAUUAUAAGACAGUCAAACCAAUGGAGGAAAUCUAUGCUAAUGGUUCUUUCAGCAACCUUUCCAUUUCAAAUGACAGAGGUUCUAGCAGCUCUAAGAAGUGGCUCAUUGUGGGUCUUAUCUCUUUGGGGAUCCUGAGUGUUGGCCUCCUUAUUGGACUCAUCAGACUUGGUUUUCACACUCAUGCAUUAUCCAGCUCAGCAGCUGGUCUCUCUGAUACGAAAGACCAGCUUUCUGCCAUGACUAAAGAAAGAGACCAACUGAAUGCAACACUCUUGCAACGGUCUAAUGAAGUGACCAGGCUACAAAGUUUGUUAAAAAAAUAUGUGACCUGUCCUGAUGUAUGGAGGAUGUUCAGCUUUUCUUGUUAUCUCCUCAUUACUGAAUCUGGUCCUUGGAAGAAAGCCAGAGAAGACUGCAGGAAGAGAGGAGGCUAUCUGGUGGUGAUAAACGACGAUGAUGAACAGAAAUUUGUUUUUGCCUUAUCUGACAAGUCACCAUGGAUUGGUUUGAGUGAAGAAACGGAGGGAUCCUGGAAGUGGGUUGAUGGCACUGCUCUGAGUUCUGAGCUUAAAAAGUUCUGGGGACAGGGCCAGCCUGAUAAUGUUAAUGGAAGUGAGGAUUGUGCACAGAUCUUGGAAGUCAACAAGACAUGGAAUGAUAAUAAAUGUGAUAAUUCUUUCCCGUGGAUCUGUGAAAAAGCUCCAGUGUAAUGAUGGGUAUAUAUUAGCGGUUGCUUUCCAAUUGAGGCUAAAUUUAAGCUUUACGUUUUGUACUGCAGAUACCUGAAAAUGUUUUAACUUUACAUAUUAUAGAUACAGUGCAGUAGCACCAUUUCUAAAGUGCUCUUUUUAAAAAAACACAAAUUAUCCAUUUGCAGAUUAGAUUUAACUGUAAUUUCUUUCACAUAAAAGCUUCUUAAAUAUGGAUCUGCAGCCUAUUGUUGCUGCCACUCUGCUGUCUGCUUCAUUGUUGAAAUUAAUCCUGUCAUCUGUGACAUCUAGCAGUUUGUGGACGUCCACAAAAAGGCCUGAUUUUUGUGACUGCAACAAAUGUUCACAUCAAUACUGAAAGUACAGCUACCAUUUAAAUGGUGGCGAUAGAAGAGAAAAUAAAGAAAAACAACCGAACAUGAGCAGAGAAACAACAAGACAAUUGUUUUUAAGGAAUACAGUGUGGAGAGAUUAUAUUAUUAACCCCUUUGGAUUAUUUCUCAGGAACCAUGAGGACAAAAAACUGCAUUGUGUGUUUAGUGAGAAAUUAUGUCAUUUUCUUCUUCUCUUGUAAUUAGACAGCAUACAAACUGCAUCAAUGCCCACAAUAAGACUCAUCUCUGAGUGGAGCGCAGCAGUUCAUCUUAGUGAAUAUGAACACAUUCCUGUCCACACAGUCUGAGUGACUCACAUUUACAUACGUUCAGGCCUGAACAUUUGAUCAUGAAUGUGUGUUCAGUGAACUUAGAACCAGCAGAACAGCAGGUACUAAAGGUCACUUUUUGUUACUUGACAGAACAAAAGCUUCUAUCUGCUACAUUGACUGUACUGGUUACUGUCCAUGGUGAUGAUGGCGUUGGAAAGUGUUGUAAUAGAUGACAUUAUCUUGAA